ACUUAUCCUCAACACCUUUCCACCCAUACAUACACACAACGCCUUGGUUACGAACGUUACGGAUAAUCCGCCACCAUGUCCGAGCGAAAGGUCCUCACCAAAUACUACCCCCCGGAUUUCGAUCCCAGCGCUAUCACGCGCACACCAAAGCACCUGCGCCAACAAGGUCCCAAAGUAAUAACCGUCCGCCUCAUGGCCCCCUUCUCCAUGAAAUGCACGAAAUGCGGAGAAUUCAUCUACAAGGGCCGCAAAUUCAACGCGCGCAAAGAAACCACAUCCGAAAAAUACUUCUCCAUCCCGAUCUACCGCUUCUACAUCCGCUGCACGCGAUGCAGCGGCGAAAUCACCUUCCUGACGGACCCGAAGAACAUGGAUUACCGGGCGGAGCGGGGCGCGAAGCGCAAUUUCGAGCCAUGGCGGGACAGAAGCAAAGCGGAGGAGACGGCGGAGGAGACAGAGGAGCAGGUGCUUGAUCGGUUGGAGCGGGAGGAAGGGGAGAACAUGGAGCAGGAGGAAAGGGAUAAGAUGGCAGAGUUGGAGGAGAAGAUGUUAGAUUCGAAGCGGGAGAUGGCAAUUGCGGAUGCGUUGGAUGAGAUAAGGACGCGGAAUGCGAGGAUUGAGAGGGGUGGUGCUGGGGGAGAGAUGGCGUUGGGGGCGGUGAGGGAGGAGAAGGAUGAGGAGGCGGAGAGAGUGGAGAGGGAGAUUGAGGAGGUGGCGAGGAGGGCGUUCAGGACGGAGGAGGGCGAGAAGGUUAGGAGGUUGGUUGAGGAUGAUGAGAGUCCUGAUAAUGGGGUGGGUGGCAGUGGGAAUGUCGCUGCCAGCGGCAGUGGUGCUGGGGAGAUGCCGCCGCCGCCGCCUUCGUUUGCGAGGGUGAAGAAAGCGAAGAAGCCUGCUGUGAAUAGCUUGGGGAUCAAGAAGAAGGCGAAGCCGUCGUUGGUAUAGUUUAUAUUAUCUAUGGGUGGGAUGGCGUUCGGCUCAUGAGCAUGGAGUUUUGUUACUAUACGGGCAUUAUCAUGAUAUAUUAAACUGAACAUGUUGAUUGAUUAAA